ACUGCCCAUAUCCAAAUUUGAUAUGGGGGAGGAGAUAAGGAUCCAUGACUUUUGCCUCGAUUGAUAACUUGCUUUCUGCAUAAGAGGAAUAAUCGCUGGUGUUGUGGUUCCUCAAGUCAGAGGAACAGUUUGAGGGCCGCUUAUAGGUGUUAUUAUCAUCGAGUGCGACGUCAGCGAUGAGACACGGAAGGGAGGGGGAGAGCGCGUGAGAGAGCCCUGUAAUUCACCCCUACUGUCUUAACAAAUCAAGCCGUUCAGCAUAGUCCCCUUUGUGUAUUCUCAAGAAAACAUUGCGUAGUGAGCUCUGCUCAAAGCCACCAGUGCAUCUGCUGCUGAGCUGAGAGUCUUCAUUUUGGGGAAUAUCGGUGGGUUUUGGUGCACUGAGCGUUUGCGCGAGAACCGUUAUAUCGCCUUGACGCAGGAGAUGCUGAGCAGACCGCGCGCACUAACCGGGACGUAACUUCCUGCCGAAUCGCACCGAGGACUCUUUCCUGUUUUCUGGAAGGAGAUGGAGGAGGAAUUCAGCACGUAAUAGACGAUUUAAUGAGAGAUGCUCCAAGAAAAGGCCUCAGCUGUGGCUGAUGAAGGUGUGACCGUGGCACAGUCUGGUGAGAUUGCUACUGACUCCUCACAUCUGGGCUUGCCUGUGGCCCAGAGCAUCCACCACAACAAUGAAGUAGACCAGAACAUCGAGAACAUCAAAGUAGUUCUUCAUGAGAGGGAACUUUGGAAAAGGUUCCAUGAAUCAGGAACAGAGAUGAUCAUCACUAAAGCAGGCAGGCGGAUGUUCCCCAGCUACAAAGUAAAAGUCACAGGGAUGAAUCCAAAAACGAAGUAUAUCCUCCUAAUUGACAUUGUUCCAGCUGAUGAUCAUCGUUACAAGUUCUGCGAUAACAAAUGGAUGGUGGCUGGAAAAGCAGAGCCGGCCAUGCCCGGGCGGCUCUACGUCCACCCUGACUCUCCUGCAACAGGAGCUCACUGGAUGAGGCAGCUGGUCUCGUUUCAGAAGCUAAAAUUAACAAAUAACCACCUGGAUCCUUUUGGACAUAUCAUCCUGAAUUCUAUGCACAAAUACCAGCCCAGGUUGCACAUUGUCAAAGCAGAUGAGAACAACGCCUUUGGUUCUAAGAACACGGCCUACUGCACACAUGUGUUUCAUGAAACCUCAUUUAUCUCUGUGACAUCCUAUCAAAACCAUAAGAUUACCCAGUUAAAGAUCGAGAACAAUCCCUUUGCCAAAGGUUUUCGUGGUAGUGAUGAAGGAGAGCUCAGAGUGUCCAGACUCCAAGGGAAAGACUACCCAAUGAUUUCCAAAAACAUGGCAAGGCAACGGCUCAUCACAUCACAUACCCAUCUGGCUGGAAAGUUAAAUGCAGGGGUACUGACUGGUCACCCCCAGGUCCACUCUCAUUAUCAGUAUGAUAGUGGGAUCGCCCUGUCCGGUUCUGACCCACAGGAGCCUCUAUCCAACCCAUUUCCUUCUGGCAGAGAGUCCAGCCUGCUUUACCAUUGCUUUAAGCACAGAGAUAACAACAGACAUUUGGAGUUGGGCUGCAAGCGGCCCUACCUUGACACGGCACCCUCGGCUGUUUCAGAGGAGCACUACUUCCGCUCCCCUUCCUCCUAUGAGCCCUCUUUACUGUCUCACCCCUACUGUGGUGAAGCACUGGGCUCUAGAGAGGCUUGCAUGUAUGGAGGAAUGGAUGGUGAUGCAGGAGCUGUAGGUGUAGCUAGUACCGAGGACAUGCCUCCACCCUCGAUGAACUGCAACAUGUGGGCAUCGGUGCAGCCCUAUCCUCGCUAUGGUAUGCAGAAUGUUGAGGCUGUGCCCUACCAGCCCUUUAGUGCCCACUUAACAAGCACAGCCACCACUACAUCCAUCGUCUCUCAUCACUCGGCAUCUAUGCAACGGCCACAAGCUGCACCUCAGGUUCCAGACCUGGUGUCUUUUGGUACACAGCGGGCUUUGCCACCAGUGCUGUCUUCCUCUUCCUCGCCCCCUGCUGGUGCUUCCUCAUGUGACAAAUCAGCCCAUCUGCCACUGUACCACAGGAAACCUGGGUCACCUCUGAGAGUCCACAGGGAUUUCUCAGCCUACCCGACCCAAAGCCCUGCAUCAUUGAGAGAACCGGUGUACCAGUAUCAGAUGGGCCCCAGCAACAUAGGGUCCCACUGGACUGACAGCUAAGACAAGAUGCAUAACACCAUUGUAUUGUUUAAUCUGAUGUUUGUCUGUCACCUUAGAGUCAUACACUGUCUCUAAGAACCACAAAGAGAUUAUUUUUCUAUACAACCAUAUUUCCAACUUUCAAGUUAAUAUGCAAAUAUCAUCCUGAUUUAAUAAGUUCAGAAUUUGUAAAUAUACACCACUGUUCAAAAGUUUGGAGACACCAGUCAUACUUUAUUUAAAAAUCAUUAUGUCAUUACUUAUAAAUGUAUACAAUCUAGAUCUAAAUUAUAUAAGCCAGGCAAUAAGAUGGCUUGUUUCAUUCAAGUAUUUUGGGAAAAAAAUACUAUUAAAUGAUAAGUAAUAUACAGCAAUUACACCAUACAUAUUUUGCAACUUCUCCAUAAAGCCUCCCUUGGGAUUUGAUCUCCAUUGUUCAAAUAUAUAGCAUUUUGGAUUUGAAUUUUGUUGUAAUAUAUAGUGAUGCUAUACAGUAGAUCAUGCUGACACAUCAGUAAAUGAUCAUAUACUGUUUUACAGCUUCUGU